AUGCCAGUAACCUCAGAACUUGAAUGCCUCUAUACUUUAAAGAAACAAUCUCAAUUAUGGAUUUAUUUUACUCUCGAAUCAAUAUUAAAUAACCCUCCAGUCAUUGACAUUAAUAGUUUUUUUGAUAUAACUGCUGUAUAUGGAACAGGGGGAGACAUUUAUAUACCUUAUAGAUUUCACAAAAAUGCUCAGAACAAAAAUAAGUAUAAUAAAAAAAACUACUUUGCAAACAAAACAAAGGAAGUUGCAUGGUUAGUCAGCCAAUGCGAUACUCCUGAAAGAAAUGAAUUGGCAAGUAAGCUUAUGUCUUAUGGUGUCCGGAUCGACAUUCUUGGUAAAUGUUCUUACCUUUUCAAAACGUUAAAACCUUGGUCUUUUUCUGUUUCUUCUGUUUGGUCUGCUUGCCAUGGUACAUCCUGCAAUCUUGAUUUAAAAAGUUAUAAGUUUUUUUAUGCUGCAGAAAACUCAUUAUGUGAUGGUUACAUUAGUGAAAAGUAUUGGGAACAUCCCUUUAACCAUGAUAUGAUUCCCAUUGUGUUAGGUGGAUCUAACUACUCCGACCCAAAAUUAGCUAUUCCAGGAUCUUUUAUUGACGCAAUGAGCUUUUCUUCUCCUAGAGCACUUGCAAAACACAUUUUAGCUGUUAGUAAAAAUGCAAAAAAGUACAACUCAUAUUUUAAAUGGAAAAAACUUUGGAUACUUGAUUCAGAUAACAUUUUUUGUUCAUUUUGCAGAACUCUUUUAAAUGGAUUUAAACUUCGAAAGAAUACUCUUUCUUUAACGAUGAAAAUGGAAAAGUGCUCUAAACCAAAACUAAAUUAUAAUAUUAAUUCAGUUCUAAUACCUGGGUAA